GCGGCUCCCUCCAAGAUGGCGGCAGCGGCGGCGGAUCCGGGAGCGGGGAGCCCCCCAGCUGGCGAGUCUUGCGGCGGGGGCGGCAGCGGCGCUGGCGGGCUCCCCUCACCCGGGGAGCAGGAGCUGACCCGGCGCCUGCAGCGCCUCUACCCGGCUGUCAACCAGCACGAGACGCCGCUGCCCCGCUCCUGGAGCCCCAAGGACAAGUACAACUACAUCGGCCUCUCCCAGAGCAACCUCCGCGUCCACUACAAAGGUCAUGGCAAAAAUCACAAAGAUGCUGCGUCAGUUCGUGCAACUCACCCCAUACCUGCUGCCUGUGGCAUUUAUUACUUUGAAGUGAAGAUUGUCAGUAAAGGUAGAGAUGGGUACAUGGGAAUAGGACUGUCAGCCCAAGGUGUCAACAUGAACAGACUGCCUGGUUGGGACAAGCAUUCCUAUGGUUAUCACGGUGAUGAUGGACAUUCGUUCUGUUCUUCUGGAACUGGGCAACCUUAUGGCCCCACCUUUACUACUGGAGAUGUAAUUGGCUGCUGCGUCAACCUCAUCAACAACACUUGCUUCUAUACAAAGAAUGGACACAGCUUAGGUAUAGCUUUUACUGACCUCCCGGCCAACUUAUACCCCACAGUGGGCUUGCAGACUCCUGGGGAGAUCGUAGACGCCAACUUUGGGCAGCAACCCUUUGUGUUUGACAUUGAGGACUACAUGAGGGAAUGGAGAGCAAAGAUUCAGGGAACCAUUAAGCGUUUUCCCAUCGGUGACAGGCUUGGGGAGUGGCAAGCCAUGCUGCAGAACAUGGUCUCUUCCUACCUGGUGCAUCAUGGGUAUUGUGCUACUGCCACAGCUUUUGCCCGUAUGACAGAAACCACGAUUCAGGAAGAACAGGCUUCUAUCAAGAACAGACAAAGAAUACAAAAGCUUAUGCUGGCAGGUCGAGUGGGAGAGGCCAUCGAAGCCACCCAGCAGCUCUACCCUGGUCUGCUGGAGCACAACCCCAACCUGCUCUUCAUGUUGAAGUGCCGGCAGUUUGUGGAGAUGGUGAAUGGAACAGACAGUGAGGUUCGCUGUUUCAGUGCUCGAAGCCCCAAAUCCCAAGACAGCUACCCAGGGUCCCCCAGCCUCAGCCCUAGACAUGGGCCCAGCAAUUCACAUCUGCACAGCACUGGAGCAGAAAGCCCAAGCUGUAGCAACGGGGUCACAUCCACCAAAAGCAAACAGAGUCACAGUAAAUACCCAGCCCUGAGCUCCUCAUCAUCGUCGUCAUCCUCCUCCUCCCCUUCGUCAGUCAACUACUCUGAGUCCAACUCCACAGACUCCACCAAAUCCCAGCAGCACAGUAGUACAAGUAACCAAGAGACCAGCGACAGCGAGAUGGAAAUGGAAGCCGAACAUUAUCCCAAUGGAGUGCCAGAGAGCUCAUCCACCCGGAUCAUGAAUGGUGCCUACAAACAUGAAGACAUCCUGCAGACAGAUGAAUCCAGUGUGGAAGAUGGGCGUCCUCGGCGACAGCUCUGUGGAGGCAACCAGGCUGCCACAGAGAGAAUUAUCUUGUUUGGCCGGGAGCUGCAGACCCUCAGUGAGCAACUGUGCCGAGAGUACGGCAAGAAUCUGGCCCAUAAAGAGAUGCUGCAGGACGCAUUCAGCUUAUUAGCAUACUCCGACCCAUGGAACUGCCCUGUUGGUCAGCAGCUAGACCCUAUCCAGAGGGAGCCUGUGUGUGCAGCUCUCAAUAGUGCUAUUUUAGAAUCUCAAAACCUGCCAAAGCAGCCCCCACUGAUGCUCGCCUUGGGCCAAGCAUCCGAGUGUCUUCGGCUUAUGGCCCGAGUUGGCCUAGGCUCCUGUUCAUUUGCCAGAGUUGAUGACUAUUUGCACUAGCCACCUGAGUAAGAGGGGAGCACCAUCCCACCAAGCUGCCCUAGCCUGGCCCCUGGGCUCAAUCUGGCCUUCUCCAUGCUGCCCCUCCUCACCCUGGGCUAGCCCAAGGACUCAGGGCUAGCCUUAUCCUCUCAUUAUCAUGAUGGCCCCUUCUCACACAUCUGUCUCAGAGACCUGGAAGCUGCUGGCAGAGUUAGAUCUUCCUCUCUCUCCACCUCCCCCAACUCCUCCCUUCCUUUUCCAUUCCUUUUCUCCAUCCUUCUCUCAACCUCCCCUUGACUCUUUCUUCCAUCAUGUGCAGCAACAGCAGGGACAACAUACACACAGUAUUUGGCUGGUUACCCUAAUGUAGCGCCUUCCACUCUUAGGGACAUUGUUGGGGGGAGGCAGAGGGAGUCGGUUGUUUUUGGUUUUUUAUCUAUAUUUUUUCUGACUGAGCCACCAGUAUUUAUCUCUGGAGAGUUUGUGCUGAGCUGGUUUCUGCUAAUUUAGUGAUGAUAAAGCUCAUCCAAGUUGGUGAUAGCUUAUUAUUUUCUUAAGUAAAAAAAAUGAGAUUAUAUAUAAAUAUAUAUAUAUAAACAAACAGUAUUUAUCGUAGUGCUAGUUGUCUGGAUGCUUUGGGGAGAGGCAGUCCAGACAGUGUAUGUUUUUAGGGGGAGGGGGAGGUCCCGCUCACUAGAAAGAAACCAUCUCUGUCACCUCAAACAAGUUGUUCAUUUCCUUCUACCAUGUCCCCAGCUGAACUUCCAAACCAUAAAGUCAGUUGAAGAAAACACAGUAGGAACUUUGUUGUGUUGGAUAUGGCCAGAGAUAGGAAAGAAGAGGGAGAGCAGGAGCCAAGGGAGGCUGGUCAUCAGAUCGUGCAGUUUAGAGGGAGACAGGGACUUUUCCAGUUUAUGUGUUCCAACACCCUCAUUUGACAGAUGAGGAAACAGUUCCUGAAAGAGAAGGGGACCUGCCUGAGGUCACAUAAUGAAUAGCAGAUCCAAGGCUAACCUUGGUCUUCUGGCUCUAAGUCUAAGCUGCCCCGUCCACCAUACUAGGUCACCUCUCUGAUAGUGUCAGAGGGAGGACGCCCUCGAGAAGGGGGAGGAACAGUCCUUUGGUUCAGGCAGAGACAGCCAGGUAGAACUGGGCACUGGGACUAGAGAUGUCCCAGUUUGAUUGUUGAGGCUGAUGAGACACUGCCCCCCCCCCAAUCAGGAUGUAGUUAGAAUAAACCAGUGUGGGGAAGGGGUAGAAACUUAGAGUAGUCAGACCUUUUCUGGAAAAGGGCUCAGAGCUGUCUUGGGUAUUGAUGUUCCAGUUCCAGGCCCAGGCUUCAAAGCAGUGCUGAUUCAAAGAACAAUGAAUUAUAGUCUUAAUUCCAUCUCUUUGAGGGGCAGCAGCCAUCUUGGGUCAGUUGCUGGUUUGCUUUUUUCUUUUUUUUCCCCUUCUUUGAAGUGUGUAUUUUGAAGUCUUGAAUUUUUUUAUGGCUAUUCUUGGCAAAAUGAGACUUUGAGGAACAUGGCCCUUUUUGCAGAACCAUUAUCUGGUCUAUAUGAGGUGGAGUCACUGAAUUCUAGGGGAGUAUGGAUGUCAUGUUCAGGAGUUUAGCACGGGGCCUUUGUUCUGUUCCAGAGGCCAGUAGUGAGUAAGUAGUGCAGAGGAUUCCCACCUGCAGGGAUAAUAUUCAGCCUUUGAUUCCAGGAGUUCAGAGCAUACCUGCCCCUGAAGUUUGUCUCCAGUCACCAGAAGGGCUGUCUGCAUUUAAAACAGUGGAAGAAAAGAAAAAGGCUCUUCUUAGUGAGCUCCUAAAGCCCUGAGACAUGAGCUGGCCAUAUGCCAAGGCUCCCUAGGGAAGACUAGAGGUGAUGAUUUUUCAGGGGGAAGAGACCUUUCCAUUUAUCAAACAAGAGAAGAAACCUGUGCCUAGAAAGGAGCCGUGAUUUGUCCAAGUUCUGUGGCCUUCUUGAAUGAGAGCUUUCUCCUUCUGGGUCAGGGAGGAUAGCCGUUCGGCAUCAGGAAUUGGGUGUUUCAGGCCCAGAGAAGAGGGGCCCGAAGAGACCUCCUCAGGGGAUCCUGGAUGGAGAGGAAGAUGACCACAUUCUCAGGCAUCAGAAGCUGUGGAGUUAGCUCUUGUAGAGGCUCUGCCACCUGAGGUACCAGUGCCAGUUUUCAGGAUCUGCCCCUUCUCCUACUCCUCCCUGGGCCUGAGUCUGCCAAAGCUAUGCCUCCCAUCUCAGAGAGCUCUCUGUGGAAAGACUGUUGGCAUGCUUCUGCGGUGCUCGGCUCUAAGUCCUGGUGCCCUUUCUAGCUACCCUCAUUAGGGCAGGGAGGGUCUAAACUGCAGAAGCUUCUGUUCCCAUCUGUGCUGCCAUUUCCUUUCUCAUCUCUAGCUCUGCCGUGGUCUUCUGAUGAACUCUGGUGGCUUUUUGGUGAGGGCUCUGAACAGGAUCACAUUGGUCAGUCAUCCUAGGGUAGCUGUAGAGAGGGAGGAGACCCAACGAGUCAUCCAGGCCAGCGUCGCCUGGACUCGCAGGACUGGAAACCAGGUUCUCCAACUCACAGCUAGGAUUCUUUCUACCUUGACCCAAUUGGAUAAUGACAGGCAGUGUUGUAGAAUGGAAAGAGCUCUGAAUUUGAGUUAGAGGAACUGAGUUCUGUACCACUUACUACCUAGGAAACCAUGGACAAGGCACCUGUCUUCUCUAGGACUCAGUUUCUUCAUCUAUAAAAUGAAAAAAAUUGAACUAAAUGAUCUCUAAAGUGCCUCCCAGAUCUAAAGUCUGUGAUUUUAUGAGAAAAUGAAUUAUGAUUUUUUGAUUUAGUAGUGAUCAGGAGUGAGUAGGAAUUACUAGCUAGCAGAAAAGGAAGACUUCUCAUACCCCUCUGGGUUGUCUUGGUGAGUGUGGUGGGGCCAAAGGUUGUCUACACAUUCCUAGCUCUCAUACCAUCUCUUUCAUUUCCGAAGUGAAAGCUACCAUCAGCUCAAGGUUCCCCCAUUCUCAAAGCCAGAUUACCCUGCUGAUUUCUGUUGUUCUUCAGUAUCUUUGGAAUUUAUGGUAAACAUCUGAAUGUCCAAAAUGGGAUUAGGGCUCCCACUGUGCAGUCUUUAAGAGGUAGUGCCGAGUUGAGUGGGAAUCUGUUUUGUGUGCUUGAAGACAGCAGCAGAAACAUUUUCUAGAAACUGGUUAAGAUUCACCAGGUUAGUAUUUCCUAGGCUUGUCUCUUGCUUGUCACAAAUUUUGUCAAUUGAAAAUGCAGCCUGUGCCCCCUAAGCAUCAGGUUGACAUGUGAACCAAGGAAAGGGGAGAAGAGAGCAACUUCAGAACCUGUCAGUAAGAUCAAUUCUGGGCUUUAAGUUUUAGACCCAGGAAUAGAUUUCUGGAGAUUUGUAGCCAAAUGGUAUCCAUAGGAACCCUGUAGUAAUUGGAGAAGCAUAAGAGAAGGAGCUGGUCUUAUGAGUACUUUUGUCUCGUUAGGGUGAAGGAAACAGUGAUGUGGAGGUGAGGAUAGGAAGCCAGCUUGAAUGGGGGUUGUCUAAAUGAAUGGAAGAAAUGAUAUUCAGGAUGUUAGCUAGGGCAGAGCAAGACAUAUUCAGGACAUAUCCAGGAAAUCCAGCCUGCCUCCCACUAUGGCCUCAGUCCUGGGCUCAGCCCAAAAAGCCAGUGAGCCCUAGAGGAUGGGGUUAGGAAGGAAGAGGAAUUAGCUUUCCCAGCUUAUGUAUGAAAAAAGUUUAGGCCCCAAGAAGCUUAGAUAUAGCCAGUCAUCUAGCAGUAGGGUUAGAAUUCAAACCUGGAAUCUCUCUAGGCUACCAGAACUACUCAGUCCCUAGGACUGGGAGAACAGUCUAUAGUGUUCUGCAUGUAACAGGUAUUGGGUUUAAUUCCUAGAUUCCUUAGAGAUCAUCUAAUCCAAUUCUCUAGUUUUACAGUUGAAGAAGCUAAGUCCCUGAGAGAUGAUUUGACCAAAGUCACAGUGGCAGAUCUGAGAUCUGAACUUUGGCCUCCUUACCCUUGUCCAGUGUUUUUUUCACUAUACCAUACUACCUCCCAGUAUAAUUGAAUUUUCCAGUAAGAAACACCCUCCUGAGACAGAAUGCAGGCUGUGGUGGCCAGUGUAUAGUGGUUUGGGAACCGAGUGCCCCAGAGAGACACUGAUCUGCUAUAAUAGUUGACAAUGAAAAAAAUGGAAAAACUGUCACUCACCCUCAGGUGUCCCUCAAAAGAUUGUCUCUUUAUCAUAGUGCUGGUCAUUUCCUCCUUGUCCGAGGAAACCCUCAGGAGGUCAGAAUGGUUCUGGAACCACCUAGGAGCAUCAGGCCUCUUCCAGAGCAGAUUAAGAGAGGCCCAAACCUGAUAGGUCCUCACAGCUUUAAAGGUAGGCCAAGAUUUUUUUUAACCUUUUUUGCCCUUCCCCCCCCUUUUUUAAAGAGUAAGAAUGAUAUAUCACUGGAGGAGGGAGAAGAAGGAAGGAGAACUCAUUUUUCUAAGUGCCUUGAUGUCUCAAAAGGACAUCAGGGAGGCCGGACUACACUACCUCCUCCUCCCAGGGACUUUUCCAUGCCCACAUAUGUAUCUAGGGUAGAAAUAACUUUGCUUUUUGAAAGUCAGUAGCAUCUGACUUCCAGUGCCCCAGAGUUGAGGCUGCUGAGCUGCUUUUUUAAUUGGGUACCAGCUGGGUUCAGGAAGUAGAGUGGGUUCUCAGAGCUAGAAAGGACCUCAGAAAUCAUUCAGAGCUUGCCCUUUCAUUGAAGACGUUGAAACCCAACGACACGCAGCUUGACAAGAAAAGCCAGGAGGGCUGGGAUGCAGGCUCGCUCCUAGGCCAGUUCUCUCUCUACUCUGUCUUGGUACCAGUAGUGAGACAAUAUCACAAAAUCACAUACUAUGGCUGGAAGAAGAGGGAGGCAUCACACCCUGCAGCUAUCAUGAGAUGCCACAGAUGGGCAAGGCCCUGUUGAUUUGGGUAAAUGGCCGGGUUUUGACAUUUGGUGGAAAAGGCUGUCCUGAAGGUCAGUGAAGACCCCAGGAGAGUUAGCAUAGCAGGGGUGCUGAGAGGGAGAAGGGGAUGUUCUCCAUUGGCCACUCCCUAUACAAGGUUUCCUCUUUGUUUUCUGUGCCUUAUCUGAAUAUUUCAACUGACUCCAAGUUGUUUACAUUUCUCGUCCUUCCCCAGGGAGGGGGCACCUUCAGUCCCAGGUGGAUCAUCUGCACCUCUUGAAAUCUGUAGGUAACCAGCACCAAGGUCCUAUGGGCCCUCUGUCUUCAGGGGGAAUUGUCCAUGCCAUCUCUGACCAUCUCCAGGGGACUCUUAAGCUGCAGGAGGCCACAAAGCUCUUGAAUACUGAGGUUGAAUCAGGUUUUCUGUGGGUCGUCACAAAGCUGCUAAAGGGAGAUCCAAACCCUUUCCCUCCAGGAAGGUAAAAUAAGAGGCAGGCCCCUUCCUUCAUUUCUUCCCGGCUUUCCUCACCUUACCUGUGGUGCUGAAGAGGGUUGUCACAUCACCUAGAGGUGUGGUCUGGAAGGUCAUUUCUAGGAGAGGCAUCCCUGUUGCUUGGCAGCUGGGUGCUCUCUGGGACAACCAUCAGCUGAGAGACCCUUUCUCUAACCUUGUGAUGCCAUGAUCUACAGGAAACAACCAACCAGGCAGAUUCACAGAAACCAGCUCAUAGGCCCAGGCUCUCCCUAGCUCCUGCUGUGUUGACCCUUUUAGUCCCAGCCCCCUGGGGUUCCUGGAAAUGGGGCCAAAUGUUCUAAGUGUGGAGCAGUAUAAGGAUAGAAAGCAGGGAGUGGUUCUCCAGAAUAGCAGGAAGUAAACCCUGGGGGCAUUCCCUUUUACCCCAUCCUUGACUUUGGAAGCUCUGGCUUUCUUUCUAUGGAUGGGGGAAGAGAAUUCAAGAGCCCUUCAUCCACUCUACCCCCAGCCAUGCCCAUUGGUCUCUGAUGGACUUAUGCUCCAGAUCUUCCAGUGGGUGGGUGCAUUUGGUUGUGCAUGCUGUUCUGGGGAUAGGAAAUCCCCCUGCUCCCUCUCUUGGAGAUGGAGGAAGAGCAGAGAGUCUGCUGAUCUUGGGACACUGACACACCUGGGUCAAGCACAAAGUAUGACAGAAACUAUUAAAAUGCAGAGUUUUCUUUUGGACACUCAGAACUCAGGUAUGAAAAGCUACAUCUCAGCAUGAAACCAGAGAAAAAUGAGUAGUUUGCCAGCAGCAUCAGCAGAACAUCUGACAGCCCCUGCUCACUCCUGAUUGACACAGAGAUGGCGACUCCGACCCUCAGCUUUCUAGGCCUCCUCCUCAUUAGAAAGAGUGUUUCCUCUUUGUGAGUAACUUCACCAAAAUGGACAUGAUCAGAGUUGUGCACACUGGGUCUGCCUCUGCUUUGUAUUUGUGAGUUGAGUUACCUGGCACUAGCAUGAAGCCUUGAAGAAGGGGUGGGAGGAGGGAGGGGGGGACAUUUUAACUAAGGAAAAAAAAAACUAUUCAAAUGUACUCAAGAUAUGAUAAAGAUGAAACUUUCUGUUGUAUUUUGACAGAAUUAUUUUUAUU